AUGCGCUCUCAGUCCCUGCAACUCGCUACACUGAGCGGGCUUGUCGCGCUGUCCGGAUGGUUGCCAACGGCGCAAGCCUGGGGGGCUGCAGGUCAUGAAAUCGUCGCCACGAUAGCGCAAAUUCACUUGCACCCUUCAGUGUUGCCUACGAUCUGCGCGUUGCUCGAUAUCGACGUCGACGCCUCGGACGAUACCUCGUCUCUCCGCGCCAAAUGUCACCUAUCCAGUAUCGCAACCUGGGCAGACAAGGAGAAGAUGAAGAUCCGUUGGAGCGCUGCAAUGCACUACGUUGGUGCUGUCGACGACUUUCCGCGAGAGCGCUGCGAGUUUCCAGGACCAAAGGGAUGGGCCGGAACUCGCUCAAUCAAUGUUCUCGACGCGACCAAGAACGUAACGCGUAUCCUCGCCGAGUGGGGUGGUGUCGACGAGAACGAGUUCAGUUUAGUCUCACCAGUGACCUCUUAUGUCCCUCCUUAUGGCUCGCGUAGCCAAGUGCCUGGAAAGCGGGUGAAGCAGCUGCCUGUCCCCGGUCCCUUGCAGGAGGAAGCGUUCAAGUUCCUUGUUCACUUCGUUGGCGACAUGCACCAGCCUCUCCAUUUGACUGGUCGGGCUCGCGGAGGAAAUGGAAUCAAGAUUCACUUCGGCACCCGAACAACCAACCUCCACUCGGCCUGGGACACAAUGAUCCCCACGAAGCUCAUUCGCACUGUCCCCCGAAACUAUACUCGCCCUCUUCCCGACCUUUCGUUACUUUCCGAGCCAUCGCUUUCCUCACCCUACUUCUCCCUUCGAGGGCCAGUCGACCUCGCCCAGCUUAUCUUGGAGGAGGAUGAUUACCCGGGGUACAUCCCACCAUCCUCCGCUCAGAUCGAAUCGGCUUUGAGGGGCACAAUUUACGACGCGCUCAUUCGUCGCAUCAUGUGGGAGGGUGUCCGAGGAAAGUGGGGUGUGCCUUCUACCCACCAAGGAGAAGAUGGCGAGGAGCGAUAUUCCGAAAUCGACACUUGGGGACUUUGUCCGCUCAACAAUACUGUCCCUGCCUUCCAGAGCUCCAUAAUUGCCUUGGAUGACAGUCAAGCUGCGUUCGGCCUCAAGGAGCCUACCCCUAUUGACCCAGAUGGUCCUCUCAUCUGCCCCUAUGCAUGGACCGCUCCUAUCCACACACUCAACUGUGACUACAUCUGGCCUGCAGAUAUUGAAUUGACUGAAUCAUUCGAUUCUGACGAUGAGCAUGAUCACGACCACGACGAUCUUCUCCUGUCUGAAGAAUUCACCGAGUACUCUCGACCACCCCACCGCGGCAAUCCAUCUCCUCGACCUUCACUUCCUGACUUGGAUGUCCCAAGUUAUAUGGGCCCCCUCGAACGAGAGAUGAUCGUAGAGAAGCUGAUGGCCCAAGGUGGGUUGCGCCUCGCCGGUAUCCUUAACUGGCUUUUCGCGGACUGGGAGGAGUAAACGACCUUCAUAAGCGAGAUACCAUUACCUACGGUUUAAACUGAACUAUUGUAACAGUAUAAUUCGUGGGUUCUUUUAUCGGUGAUCAGACUGCUGACACCUUGUACUAGUAUGUAGAUACCUAGAGAACAACCCAUUAUCCUAAUCGUCCUUUGAAAUACAGUAUCUUGA